AUGAGUAAUAAUCACCAUAGCUUCGAAAUUCAUUUGAUGGAACCACAACCAUUAGGACCAAUUCACCCUGGAAUAUGGAUCCUAUACAUUAUCGAAUUUUUGGCCAUGGUUUUUGCUGUGGUAUACAUACCAUUUAUUAUACGGAUUUUGAACAAAACUCCAUUACUUCACGGAAACCACUACAUGUGUUAUUGUCUUAUUGUGUAUUUAGAGAGUGCUUUCAACUUCAUUAUUAUUGCCUCAGCAACCUUUACUCAUUCGUGGUGUACCUGCGCAAUGUCACUAUACCUACCUUCGGUUGUAAUCGAACGGUGUUUUGCCUCCAAGUUUAUCAUCGAUUAUGAAAAAAACUCCAGAACUUGGAUAAGCGGAAUCAUCAUCUCAUUGGGUUAUACGGUGUCAGCGAUUAUUGCUGCAAGACGUUACAAUUUUGUGGUCAUGGUAGUAGGCUUUUGUGUAUUAGUGACUAUUUGUUGCUUAUUAUAUAUAGCACUGUACCGUCGUGACUCGGCGAGAUUGCGAGAUAUCAAUCGAGGUGUCAUACCGGAAAACGUUGUCUAUACUCUCAGUACAAGAUUUCAGCUGACGGAAAAUCUCAGAGUGCUGAAGGUAAAUGUUCUUUUUGAUAUUAAAACCACGAUAACUGUUUUGAACACAUCACUAUACUUCAUAAAAACCUGUGGUCCCGAAAGGCAAAGUAAACUAAAUAGCAUAGUUUGA